UCCGGAGUGGUGACUUCGGUUCUCUUCUACCGCCGUUGGAGGAGCGCAGAGACACAGACUCGAUCUAAGGUGGAUGAGGCGAACCACGAGGCGUGGAUAUGCACUCGUGCCGCCCUUUCCCUCAUUGGUAUGGCGCCGAUUGCAAGGUACGUGGAGCUACUGGCAAUUUAUAGGCGACUGAGUCGACUGGAGCGUCGUCAAGGCACGGAAGACAAACCGCCUCCCAAAGUUCGUCAAUUUCAGUAUCGUGAUGUGGCUCCCAUGAAUCCCCGAGAGCCCGUUGUCUCCAGCGCAGCCUCUGUUGAGCUUGAGAAUUUACGCCGACUACGUCGUCUCUUUGUCCAGUUCGACUUUGAUGCUUGUGUUGUGGCGUUGGCGAAUGCCAGUAUUGGUGCUGGACCCUUCGCGAUAGCUCAAGGUGUGCUGUACUUCCGUCGGCUCUUGCUAAACCGCAUGAUGCCCACUUCAACUUCGGGCGCUAUUCUGGGUGCUUUUAUCUUCUCCAUCAUCUGGCUAACCUCUGCGGCGUGUCAAUUUCAACCAGAUGCACACUACCUUCCCUGCUCCGAGCUUCUCCGGUCCCCAGCCCAUCGGCAUCAACACCUAGUCUCGGCCAGUGGGAGGAUUCUACUCUUCUUUGCUCGUUUCGUCCAUAUCACUAUACGCUUGAUCACCUUCACACUCUUUGCUGGACUUUUUGAUUGGCUUCUGGCGGUGGUAGUGGCUGUGCAUCAAGUAGUUUACCUCGUCACCUUACUGAUUUAUCGAGGAAGUAAAGGAGUGCUCUCAUCUGCCUACAAGGCUCAUCCAAACUAUAAACGACCGUUGGAUCAACGCCUCAAGGUUAGUGAGAGAUUCAUUUCCCUCACUCCCCUCUCCUUAGCUGCAAAAGUGCUCUUUUUUUAG